AUGUAUCAAGGCACUUGCAGCGGAAACAUCUCUGCCUCUCGUAUUCUCAGAUCCACCCGGGGACAGCUGACACUAGACGACUUUCUCCAGGUUGCUACUCUCUCGCGACUCUCCGCCAGUCCCAAUACCGUCGGGACAUCUUUCACGAUGCCGACACCUCCACAGACUCCGGAUAUGUCUAGGAGGCUACUUACCGAAUCGUCAUGCACAUCUGCUGAGCGCUCCUCCUUUUAUCCGCUCGAUGAAAUUGCCUGCCCCGAUGCAGUGCGGGAGUAUUCCCGUCCUUCUCGGAAUCCUUCGUCUAAGCGUAAACAUGACGAAGCACACGUGCGACGGCCUGCGAACCCUUUCAUACUCUUUGCGUGCGAGUAUCGCAAGCAGUUUAUAGGCCAAAAGAGAAAUAAUAGGGAGCUCAGCAGCGAAGCUGGAAUGCUGUGGAAGUCCAUGUCUGAAUCAAGGAAGGAACUUUGGAGGACACGAGCGCGAGCUGUGAAGGAGCAACACGCCGAAGAACACCCUGGAUAUCGAUACAAACCACGUCGUCGGGUGAUGCCUCGCCAGGACGACAUCGACAGUCGUCGAAACCAGAUUACAACAGCCGUCGUCCUACCACCCACUCCUAUUUCAAUCCCCAGAAGGUCGACGGACAUCCAUGGACUGACUAAUCAUGUGCCCCAGUUGUCCAGAGAAAGCAUGGAUUCCGCAGUCCACCCUUCCAUACUCAAUUCGCCUACGCGUCAUGCUGCGAAGUCGGACGCGAAGCCGAGAUGCUUCACAGAGUUACUGCCUCAAUGGCGAUUAGCUCCCUCACAACACGGAUUUGCAGAGUCUGAGGCUGGACCUGGUUCUACGUCUGUUCAUAAUCCCUCAGAGUUAUCCAAUGAUUGUUUCCAAAGUGUUACCGAACCGUGGAUGAACUGUAAUCAACCGGUACCAUAUUUGUUGUACGGGUUAUUGUCACCGAUGUGCUCAUUCGUUCCUUCCCCACAGGGACAGCAAUGGGACUACAAUUCCUUCUAUGCUGUAAACAGUGCUGACUGGAACAGCCAAACUACGUCCGAUAUGGAAGGUCGAGGCACCAAGCCUCAGAAUCUUCCCGGUAGCAGUGAUAAUGCACAGCCUCCAUCAUACUAUGGGCAACACACUAUUGCUCUUCCUGAAGACGAUCCGAAUGCGCUUGCAUCAUACAUUCAAGAGUUUGUCAACAGCAUCAGUUCACCAUGUGGGGCAGGCUCCAGCGGUCGAGCCGCAUGA